GUGUCUGCUGAAUCAAGAAAUACGGCGUAAGCAUUGACAAAUAUUUUUUCUGACGCCUUAAUGGCUUAAAUGUUCUCUUUUCCCAAAUAUUGCACAUUUAUUCCACCGGCACCUUGCAGUUUAAAUCUGUUCGGUAAACGUUAAGUUGAUAUCGAGUUGGAUGCAUUAGAUUGAUUUUUUUUACAUUAUUUUGUCAAAAAAAUGGAUCCUAAAGCGGAAGUAGGCAAAACAAAUGAGUCACAACAAGCAGCUGAAAAUGGUGAACCUCUAGAAGAAGACGACAUGCACAAAACUUCACCAUACGUUAGAACUGUUGUGGCUAUACACACCUUGAGAGACAGAGCCAAAGAGGCGGUAGAUUCUCUGAAUGAAAAAGGACUUGCUGAAAGAGUCAGUGAAAGCUGGGACAAAACACAGGCGGCAGUCACGAACCAAACAAGGAAACUUUUCAAGCAUCCGGAUGACAUCAAACUAGACCACAUUCCUCAAAAGUAUGGAUACGUCUUCCGCCCUAAGAGCUUUUGGGAGCUAGUUCUCCUAAGCGGGACGGUAUGCGGCAUUGAGUUUUGCUAUUCUGCUGAAACAGCAUUUGUAACACCAAUCCUUCUUAGCCUUGGAUUGAACAUCAAAUUCGUCACAAUGAUUUGGUGUCUGAGUCCUCUUAUAGGGCUGGUUUUCACUCCAAUCCUUGGAUCUAUGAGUGACAGCUGCGAAUCUCGGAUGGGACGAAGAAGACCUUUCAUUCUUUUGUACUCCAUUGGAAUUCUGUUGGGCCUCGUUCUCGUUCCAAACGGGCAUACGAUAGGCUUAGCUUUAGGGGACACCUAUAACGUUCGAAAUAGUCUUCCAGUACCAAACAGCAUCACUGCCUUCAACGACACUCAUGUCAUUUUAAGCAAUAUGAAUGAUUUGAGUCCCUCAGAAUUAGAAAGCAUGGCAUACACACAGUUACCUGAUUCUAUGACAACAGCAAAUAUAUUGGAUUUGAUUAAAUUAUCAGAUUCUGCAGAAAAUUCUGAAACCUCAAAUAAAACAUUGAAACUAGAAUCAGAUGCAGGUUCUGAAGCUAAAAUAAGACGAAAGAGAAGUAUUGUUCCAAUAGCAGAAGUGACCAAUACAGAAGAAACCGGCAGUAUUUUCGAAGGCCAUGUUCAACCAUGGAGUAUUGCUUUCACAGUCAUUGGCACUAUGUUGUUAGAUUUUUGUUCUGAUGCUUGUCAAUCUCCAUCUCGAACAUAUCUACUGGAUGUUUCUUUACCUACUGACCAUGCAGCAGGUCUCAGUACCUUCACUCUGAUGGCCGGAUUAGGUGGAUCCAUGGGUUAUAUGAUGGGUGCCAUCCAUUGGGAAGCGACAUUCUUAGGCAAAUUCCUCGGUGGUCAAGUAAACACUGUAUUCACUAUUGUCACAGUCAUCUUUAUAAUUUGUCUCAUAUCGACUCUGUGUAGCUUUCCGGAAAUUCCGUUACCAGUUCUGCAAGAUCCGAAGAUGUUAAACGAAUACCAAGAAAAAAUACAUGCAGGAGAUCGACCUGAUAUCAAAGAAAUGAUAGCGCUUGAAAACAAGCCUCCUCCAAUUUAUGGUUCAACGUCUGAAAAUAAUGGAUUCAGUAAUAUUGCUGAAGAUCAAGUCUCUACGUCAAAAUCUUUGGACAGCUUGGCGAGUGUUGCUAAACCUGAAAUUAAAACAAGAAAGGACUCGGCAAUCAGCAUUGUAGCAUCCAUAGUUGCAGCCGAGGAACAUCCAAGUCUGAAAGACUUUUUGAAAUCCUUAUUCAGCAUGCCUAAGUCUCUGAAAAUCUUGUGCCUCACCAACCUGUUCUGCUGGAUGUCUCUGGUCAGCUACUCUCUGUACUUCACGGACUUUGUGGCCCAGUGCGUCUUUGGAGGCGAUCCACAAGCCCCCGAGGACUCUGAAGAAUAUCAACUCUACAUAGAAGGAGUGCAAUUUGGCUGUUGGGGGAUGGCCCUAUAUUCGCUGUCCUGUGCAGUUUACUCCUAUUUCAUCGACGGUCUUGUCAAAAAAAUUGGUGCCAAGCCCACUUACAUCGGAGGGCAGUUGGUGUAUUGUUUAGGAAUGAUCGCCAUGGCAAUAUGUAGGCAUAAAAUAGCUGUUAUCUUGCUGUCACCCGCAGCAGGCAUUAUGUACGCCACUCUUUUCACCAUGCCUUAUAUUCUGAUUGCUCAUUACCACUGCACUAAUACGUUCUCUAGCGAGAAGAAAGGCGUAAUUGGAGGUGUCCGAGGCAUCGGAACAGAUGUAGCUGCCGUCAGUAGCAUGGUUUUCCUUUCCCAAUUUACUUUAUCCGUGUGUAUGGGAAGCAUUGUGGAGUUGGUGGGUUCAAAAGUGGCCACGGUGUGCGCUGCAGCUCUCCUCAGCGGUUGUGGAGCUAUAUCUGCAACACAAGUUCUUUAUCUUGACAUAUGAGUUUCAACUCAUUUCUAGAACCACCAAAUUAUUUUAUUUUUGCUCAAGUCAAAUGACUAUCUAUUUAUGAACCAUUAUAAAAGAGUUGUUCAAAAGAAUUACCUCGAUUGCAAUGGCUGUACCUUCUUUAUAAUAACAAAAGAAAGAAGAAAAUUGAACAAAAAAUAUAAGAAAGUUUAAAGUUUAGUUUACGUAUAUAAUAAUUGUCAUUUGCCAUUUCACUUGAUCUAUAUGGUAGCAUAUUUUGCUGCCAUGCGAAGUGUUCUCAUCAGGUAUCGUCAGUUCGGUCGGUAAUAUAUUAAAAUAGAGACUGUACAUUUUAAUGAAAUGGGGGUACAAAAAGUAAUUUCAGAAGAUUAAGAGAGACACGUGGAGAACAUGCAUUCAGCUAUAAAGCUAUCUUUAAUAGCCGGAAACAUGCUCUCUGAGUAAAGCUUGAGACGGAAUAUUCCAUGAAUGGUGUUAUUGUGACCAAGAGAAGACACAUAGAGCAAUUUUUCUGUGUGCAAUAUAUGUAUAUUCAUCUUUUUAUUCACAUGUGGGCAGUUAUUACGCACCCAAAUAAAACUUUAAGCUACCUUAUGGCAUUGAGGUCAAAAAUCAUUUUGUAUCUUUAUUUAUGAGAAAGUUAUAACCAUUUGCUAUAGAUGCGAUUAUUUUGAAUUACCCCAUAUUUUACAAUGGCGAAGUAAUUACGAUAUGAUGAUGGUAAUUGUGUGCAUUCGCUAGAGCAAAUGCUACGGCUCUUUUGUUUUAAUUUUGGAAUUUCUAGAACUUUUAUAAAUGUCGGUUAGUUGUAGUGAAUAUAACAUCGUAUUUAAAAACCUUAUCCGUAUUAUUAAUUUUACCACUAAAUACAUCGUGAGAGUUAAAAAAAAAUCGGACACCAUGAUAGAUUAAAAUACUAAUUUCUUGAGUUUUGUUGUAUUCAUAAAUUCAUUUAUUAUUAUUGGUUAGAUCAAUUAAGAAGGUAAGGUAACAAAUAAAAGCUCUUAAUAUAUUGUCGUUUAUUCAUAUGUGUGUACUAUAAUUCUUAUUUAUGUAACAUUUGUAUCUAUUACAUAAACAUUAUGAAUAUUUAUUAUUCAAUGUAGGCAUUAAAAUAGACAUCUGUAUAUAAAUUCUAAAAAUAUUUAUAAAUGAUUUAUAUGUAUCCUUAUAUAUAAUGAAUAUUUUUCCUUCAGAGCAAAAACCCAUUAAAUAACUACAACCUGCAUAAAAUAAUUGUUGAAUAUCUCUGAGAAACUAUGUAGCGAGUUAUAUCACAAAUAUAGUUUUUGAAGAAUACAUUCAUAUGUGCUUCUAAUAUUUGCUGCAAACAUAUUAUGUAAACCAUUUCUUUUGUGUAGUAUUGGCUGUUACCUAUAAAGUGUAUAU